AUGUCAGGUCAAGGAGAAAAGGGCUUCGGCUCGCAUCACAAAAAGGUCAUUAUUAUUGGAGGAGGAUUUGGUGGCAUUGCUAUGGCGUGCCAAUUGAAGAGAAUGCUGGGCUGCACCGACUUCUAUGUGCUGGAACGUCAAUCCGGCAUAGGAGGCACCUGGUGGAUCAACACCUACCCAGGCAUAGCCUGUGACAUUCCUUCGGCCUUUUAUUCUCUCUCCUUCCUCCAGAAACCGGAUUGGUCGACCUUUGCACCAGGAAAGGAGAUUUGCAAGUAUCUUGAGAUGACAGUCGACCAUUUCAAACUGAGGGACAAGAUCCACCUGGAUACCGAAGUAGUUUCAUGCAAAUGGAACACCAAAACCAGCCUGUGGGAGGUUACAUCUCGCCAGCUGUUUCCAGGCCUCGGUGAUCUCUCCGCCGCAGAACGAAAACACAUUCUAGAAACAAAAGGCCCUUCAUCAGUCUAUUUGAGCCAGACGACAUGGACAUGCACGGUUCUUGUGAGUGCUGUCGGGGGUCUUGUUGAGCCCGCUCCAUGGCCCGCCGAUGUUCCUGGCAAGGACACGUUUCAAGGGAAAAUCAUCCACUCGGCAAGAUGGGACUCCGAGGCUGACUUCCGCGGCAAGAAGGUCGUCGUCGUGGGGACUGGAUGCAGCGCUGCUCAGCUGGUUCCGCGACUGCUCUCGAGCGAAUACGGUGCCAGUCACGUCACGCAGCUAAUGAGAGAGCCUCCUUGGGUGCUACCCCGUGUUACGCCUCCUUUGGGUAAUAACUUCUACGAAAGAUGGAGUCCACUGCUCUGCUCGUACGUGCCCGGCUACAUGCGAGCUUUCAGAGCCCUAGUGACCCUGGUCACUGAGCUUGACUUUCAGAUCUUUGCAACGGUUCCGAGUAAAUACCAUGAAAUGUUGACGCCGCAUUACUCCAUUGGUUGCAAGCGGCGUAUUUAUGACACUGAAUGGUUCCCUUGUCUACAUGACCCGCGGAUUGAGCUUACAACUCUAGCCAUGGAAAGUGUUGAUAAGAAUGGCGUAACUCUGCGUCCGGGUCCAAAAACCCAUCUGAAAGAGAAGAAUCUUGAGCCUCGCACCGUUCCCGCGGACAUUAUCGUGCUUGCAAACGGUUUUGCCGUCAACCGAUGGUUUCAUCCUCUUGAGGUUGUGGGAAGCAAGGGGACGACCUUGCAAGAGGAGUUUGACGAACGGGGAGGUCCACAACUGUAUCGUGGCACAGCUCUUAACGGGUUCCCUAACAUGUUUAUUCUCUUCGGGCCCAACAGCUUUACGGGACACAGCAGCGUCGUGCUUGGCCUCGAAAACCAAGUAGGCCAUGCCAUCAGGCUGAUGCGCCCUGUUCUUGCUGGAGAAGCCGAGACAGUGGAGGUGAAAAGGUCCGCGACCGUCAAGUACAAUGCCGAGGUCCAGUCGGCCUUGAAGAAGACAGUAUGGAACAGCGGUGGCUGCUCCAACUGGUAUGUGGGAUCAGAAGGACGCAAUUCCAUAUCAUACCCGUAA